CGUUCUUUCACCUGCAACAAUAGCUCAAACGCUGUAACUUCAUUUUGUCGUAGUAUGUCGGAUUCAGGCGUCGAGCAAGAAAUCAGAUGUGAUGCAACGGUGAGUCUAAGGUUUUGAUCGGCGAUUUAAUAAGAAAAAUCACCUAGCUUUCAUUGAAAUGUAUUGGGGAAAUGUGUUCUGUAGAGCACUGCGGAGAAAGACAGCUGAACGCGUUCGCUGGCCGCAGCAUGCAUCUGACACCACAUGAUAUGAUUUUACAGACAUUCCGUUUGUUCGUUAGGUUGAUCCUAAGAAGAAAGGAAAACCGAGGAAAGGGAGGCCAAGGAAAGCACUCGUACAGGUUUGCCUUCUUUACCACCUUCACCGUCCGGUGGCUAUUUUGUGUUGUUUUACUUUCAAUCGCGAUUCGCCGUCGCGUUGAAAAUGUAGAACGGUGCAUUUUAGUAAACAGGGUGACUUUGAUGUGUAUUUUUUCAGUGACACUAGCACGAGCGGCUAAAUUAUUAUUUUUGUUUUCUGUAUGAUUGUUGACAAUCGGAUGAUGUAAUUUAGCACAUGUAUACACAUGGUUUCGGUUUCAACUAAUAAACGCAAACCGCCUUUCACUUUACCUAUAAAGCGUAUAACAUCUGCAGAGAAUUACUCUCAAUAAAAUCAUUUGUUGUUUGCAUAGAAGAAUAUAAAAGUGGUAAAAAGAAGUAGUGACGGCCUUAAAUUAAACGAGCUGUUUCUGAACUACGGAAUAUUAUUAUAAAUUCAAGUGAUUUGGUAUAAUGUUUUUACAACUUCAGAGCACAGUUUAAUGAGGCCCUGCCGGGGGGGGUGUCCCAUGUCGCCCGUCUGAAUUUUAAAACGUCUCGUGUCGGUGUUUAUAAAUGCUUGUCGCUUAUUGUCGGCUUUGCCGUCACUGUCACAAUUUGGCCGAGGGAGGUUGUCUCUUGUCGCGAUUUCAUUUUACGCACUGUCGCUACACAGUCGGGGAGCCGAUUAGUACCAUUUUUUUUAUGCCAAUCGGUUCCUGACAGUCAAACCUCUUAAUAAAGACACGUACAGCACAAAUAUUAAUGCUCAGCAAAGUGUCGAUCUGUACAUAGAGAUUGGCUGUUUCAAGGAGGGUGACCCCCAUGACCAGGUUUAUGCUAAAGCUCAGAACUAUGGGAUUUCCAUAAUUUGGAAAAUAAUACUGCAUAAAAAUUAUGUAGUGUUAUUUUCUUACCAUAUACCAGACAUAACUUAUCGAUGACAUUAAUGACAUCAAUGAAUGAGUUAUCAAUAGCUGGUAAUUGAUGGGUAAUCAGUUGAUUAUUAGGCAUUGAUUAUAUCCAUUAUUCAAUGAGUCAUCGACAGAUAAUCGAUAGGCCACAACAUUUUCAUUCAUCGAUUCAGUCAUUGACUGAUUUUUUAUUUAUCGAUUUAAUCUCAUGGGUAUGCAUUUAAAACCAUGCCAAAUUGAAAAUAAAGAAACAAAAACUUCUUUGACAUAAAUAUCCUGAUACAAGCUUUAUUUAUUCAUGAUUUUUUACCCGGUAGACCCUCUGCGGUGGGUGCAUUUCCCAACAAAGGCACAGACUCUAAUAGCCAAGAGAUCAGAAUAUGACAGAUAACUCAACCUUCUGAACAUUUCAUUUCUGAUAUUUCAGUUACUGUCCAUUAAACCUACAUACAUCGGUUUUCUACAUGCAACUUCAGUUCCGAUUUGGCUAUUAUUAUGGUCAAGAACCAUUUAACGUAAAUUUUUAUCACAGGAGAUAAGUUAGAAAAAAGAUUGCUAGAAUUGUGUGAGAUGUGUAGUCGAUGACUAAUCAAUGGAUAAUCAUUAGAUCAUCAACCAGUAAUCGAACGCAUCAAUUAUUCAUCAAUGACAUCAAUGAGUAAUCAUGCAAAAAAAAAUUCAAUGUCCUUGAUGAGUAAUCGAUAGGCCACAAAAUUUUUGGCCAUCAAUUAGUCAUUGAUUGCAGGUUAUAGCAAAUAAUCUGCAAUGACUAAUCAGUUGAUUACCCAAUGAUUACUCAUUGAUAACUCAUUGAUGUCAUUCAUCAUCGAUUAGUUAUGGUACAUCUGGUACUUAUCACGACACAAUAAAUAACCCUCUAAUUGACCAAAUGUUACAAUAUUAUUAUAAUAAUAGAGGGCUGAAAGUAACUGUAUUGUUCUAUGUUGUAUGGGCCCAUAGGACCCCAAUUUAUUGGCCAAUUCCUAGCAUACUUCCUCGAAUAAUAGCUGUCCCUCGAUUAAUCUCCUCUCUCAAAUAAUUGCCCUCCUUUAACAGAAAUAUUUAAAAUAAUCGCAUUCCUCAAGUUAUCGCCCUCUCCAACCCCUAUCGCCUUCUUCUGCAAUCUGAUCCAACAAAAUUGAUUGGUAAAUCAAGCUCUGAUGCCAAGGAUAUUGACAUUGAAAAUUGAUCAGCGAACCAAAUUUGGAACACUUUAAAAGCCUGUUUCAAGGUCAUGUUCACAGAGCAAUAUUUGAAAAUAAUAAUGCCUCCCUCAAAUAAUCGCGUCUGUAUUAACUUAGCCUUAACUACAAGCAUCCACUGUGGGAGAACUUCCUGUAAUGGCCUAUACAUGGACGAACGGCCUAAAAAUGGCAUGUAUUUUAGGCUUUGGGUGUAAAAGAGUUUGGGUAUCGGGAAAUCUGUCAUCUAGGUAAAUGGCCUUUAUAAUGACAAGAUAUUUUGAGCCUUUGGCUCCUUACAGUUGUAUAUAGCUGUAACAUUUUUAGUUUGAUACUCUCCUAUAGUAUAAUUCAUUAAUGAGCUUAUUUCAUUCCAAGGGUUUAGAAAAGGGAUGCAGUGUUCUUAAUUUUUAGUUAAAAAUAAUAAAUAAAUAAUCAGAUAUAAAAUGAAUCAAGAAAUAGAUAAAUUGUAAGGAUUUGACGGUUUUACAUCCACAUACUGGUUCUAAUUCAUCUGCCAUUCCUGAUCAAAUUGGAGUCAGAAUUUUAGACUUCAAGAAAAUGGGAAAACGGGACUACCAGGAGAAAAAUGUCUUGCAACGGAAAGGAAACCAACAACAAAAUCAACCCACAAUUAAAGCACUGCCCCACCCUUUCUCUUCAAGGGAGAAAGGGGUACCAUUUUUCAGUGGAAGGUGUUUGAAAGGGCAUCUCUAUUAAAGUUUCUUUGCUACUAUUAUUGUCCUUUGCUUGAUAAACACUGCCACAACCGUAAUUUGUAAAGUGUAGUCACUCUCUUUUAAAAAUAUAAUAUCUGAAGGAAAGCAGAAAACUUGGUAUAUAAACAAGGUCAAACCCAGUGCAUGUUUAAUUUACUCAAAGGCUAGCUAGGGUACUACCCUGUAUACAUGUAUUAAUUAUUUAGGUGAACUGUAGCCUGCGCGCAGACGAAAUUAAACUCUGGUUAACUCCAUCUGCGAAACAGCGCCGAAAUCCUUGUUCUGGACUUCCAGCUGUGUACCCAGAUUUGAGUACGCGCCACGAUUGGCCAGUUAAAAAAGGCCUUUGUUUUGUUUGUCGUAAUCGCCAAUCAGGUUGAAGGGGAAUUCGAAAUGCACUUCCGGUAAUUCGUUGAGUCCGUUGGGGGUCCAGAACAAGGAUCUCUGCGCUGCUUCGCAGACGGUACUAAUCAGAGUUUAGUUAUCGUCUGCACGCAGGCUAGGUGAACUGGUGCAACUGUAAAAUGGUUACACCAAAGAUUUUGGUGAGCAAAGGAUAGACAUUCACUCCAUACAUAAUGUGAUUACAGUAUAUUUUAUUAUUUCUUAGGCAAGUGACAUACCUACCACUCAGCUGUUAAUGCCCCCCACAGCUGUACAAGCACCUUCACAGACAGUACCUCAAGGUGCACAGACAGUGGUGCAACCUUUACAAACCUUGUACCAGCCUCUUCAAGCAGUGCUUCAUCCUCAGCAAACAAUUCUUUCUCCUCCACAACCAAUGGCCCAGCCACCACAAACUGUACCCCAUCCCCCACAUACACUUCAGCCACAGCAGGCUCCACAGGUGCUGCUGCAGCCACCUCAAACAGUUCUUCAGCCUCCACCAGCUAUACUUCAGCCUCCACAGGCAGUACUUCAGCAUCCAUCGGUACUCGUCCCUCAACCACCCAAGCCUGGUUUAAGUGAGAACAACCCACCACCUUCUUCAUUUGUCCAAUUUUCUGCAUUUCCAAACACCUUUUCAUCUCCAGUGUUGAACAGUGCCCUACAAGCACCCAUUCAGCAGGCCGUUCCGACUACCAUGGCAAAUACUAAUUCCCAGACAUCCACCAUGAGCUUGCUUAAUGCUCUGCAUGAUGAAAAGUUAGGUUUGCUCUUGCCUGUAAUUGUGAGAAUGGAACACAAAAUGGAUCAACUCAUGGCUAUGAUGGGUCAAAUGGGAAGCCAACUAAAUUCCAUUAUCAUGGGAAACCAAUCAAAUGUUUCGUUGACUGGACGACAUGCAAAUACGGGGAUUAUGGGAAGCCAAUCAAAUGCUCCAGUGGUGGGAAACCAGUCAAAUGCCGCUACGGUAGGAAAACAAUCAAAUGCGGUAGUGAUGGGAAAACAAUCAAAUGCUGAAGUGGUGAGGAACCAAUCAAAUGUCGCCAUAACAUGGAGCCAAUCAGAUGGGACUACAACCGGGAACCAACCAAAUACUGCUAUGUUUGGUAGCCAAUCAAAUGCCACAGUGGCGGGAACUCAAAAUAGUACUGCAUUGAAUAUUAAUAACCCAGUGAACAGUCAUUUAGGGUCAAAUAAUAAUGUGGACCUAACUCCAUCAAAUGCACGACAGGCUAACUCUGUAACUAUCGAGGCGCAGGCAAUUUACACGACGGAUGGACCUCAAUCAAAUGUUCCUAGCAACGAAACAUCGAGCGUCUUAAAUGAAUCGCCUACUCACAUACAGACCAGAAGUCAACGAAACAAAGACAAAAGUAGCAAUGAGCGAGUUGUUACGGGUAGUUCAAAUUUACCAGCCUUUUACAUGUCAAAGGAAUAUCUCACGGCUUUGAAAACAAAAUCCACCUCCGCUAAGAAUUUCGCCGUGCGGCUAAUGCGAGAGCUGUUUACGAAGGUGGAACUUGAGGGAAAGAAUAUUUCAGGAUCCCGAGGGAAAGAUCAAGUAGAUCCCGAAAGAAUAAAAACGAUUAAAGAACUUGUCUUUAAGAUGUACAACACGUUACCCGAGGACAUGGAUUUAGAAUGGAGAAACUGUCGGAAAGCUAUGGACUCGUUUUUGCGCUCCAAGAAGCAUAGAGAACUUGGAGAACAGCGCGCGCAACAAAAUGCUGAAUUGUUGAACUCGUUGUCGAUGGGUACUCUUAACAGCGAGCAGACUGACGAGUAA